AUGAGAAACCUUGGCGACGCCAGGCUUGAAACUGGCGUUAGGUUGGCGAGGCCAGGCUUGAAGCUGGCGUUAGGCUGGCGAGUCCAGGCAAAGGCCAGAGGAGAUGUUGAGUCUGUGGCCAACCUGAAUAGGUGCUUCUUGGACUUCUCAGCUGCAUCAAGAUUUCAAGCUAACAAAGAGAAAAGUUCCAUUUACUUUGGGGGAGUCACUCAAGGGGUUCAAGACCAAAUUCUACAUCUGUUAGGAUUCUCAAAAGGAGAACUUCCCUUCAAAUACUUGGGGAUCCCUCUGGCCACUAAAAAGAUAUCAUUUCUUCAGUGGAAACCAUUGAUUAGCAAGAUGGUAGCAAGAAUCUCUACUUGGACUGCAAAGAAGCUAUCAUAUGCAGGGAGAUCUCAGUUAAUCCAAACUAUCCUCUUUGGUAUCCAAGCUUAUUGGUCUCAACUGUUUGUUAUCCCCUCAAAAGUACUAAGUACAAUUGAGGCCUACUGUCAAAGCUAUUUAUGGUCUGGCACAAAUACAAUCACAAGGAAGGCUCUAAUAGCUUGGGAGAAGGUUUUCACUCCAAAGUCAAUGGGUGGUCUAGGCUUGCUAAACAUAAGACUAUGGAACAAAGCUGCAAUAACUAAAGCUAGCCGGGACAUUGAGCAUAAGGCAGAUAGACUAUGGAUCAGAUGGCUGCAUGUUUACUACAUCAAGAACCAGCAAUUCAGUCAAAUGGCUAUCCCUCUACAGGCUGGAUGGAUGGUGAGGAAAAUGUUUGAAGCUAGAGAUACAAUGGCACUGAUUCAAUAUAUCAAAGCAGGCAGUUUAAUAAAGCAGAUAUAUCUUAAGCUCAUUGGGGAUAAUGAGAGGAUUGCUUGGAAGACACUGAGAUUUAGGAAUGAUGCUAGACCAAAAGCUCAAUUCACAGUGUGGCGGCAGAUGCAUGGGAAACUAAUGAUUGUUGAUAGACUUGCCUCCUGGGGAUAA